AUGGACCCCGAGCACUGCGCGCCUUUCCGCGUGGGGCCUGCACCCGGCCCCUAUGUGGCCUCGGGGGACGAGCCUCCGGGCCCGCAGGGAACCCCCGCCGCUGCGCCUCACCUGCACCCCGCGCCGCCCCGAGGCCCGCGGCUGACCCGCUUUCCGGCCUGCGGGCCCCUGGAGCCCUACCUCCCAGAGCCGGCCAAGCCGCCCGCCAAGUACCUGCAGGACCUCGGGCCCGGCCCGGCGCUGAACGGCGGCCACUUCUACGAGGGCCCCGCGGAAGCUGAGGAGAAGACCUCCAAAGCUGCCAGCUUCCCCCAGCUGCCCUUGGACUGCCGAGGGGGCCCCAGAGACGGGCCCUCUAACUUGCAAGGCUCCCCAGGCCCCUGCCUGGCCAGCCUGCAUCUUCCUCUUUCCCCGGGACUCCCUGAUUCCAUGGAGUUGGCCAAGAACAAGAGCAAGAAGCGUCGUAACCGCACGACCUUCAGCACAUUCCAGCUGGAGGAGCUGGAGAAGGUCUUCCAGAAAACCCACUAUCCUGAUGUGUACGCCCGGGAGCAGCUGGCCCUGCGCACAGACCUGACCGAGGCCCGGGUACAGGUCUGGUUCCAGAACCGCAGAGCCAAGUGGCGGAAGCGCGAGCGUUAUGGGAAGAUCCAGGAGGGGCGGAACCCCUUCACGGCUGCCUAUGACAUCUCUGUGCUGCCCCGCACUGACAGCCACCCUCAGCUGCAGAACUCCCUGUGGGCCGGUCCAGGAUCUGGGAGCCCUGGGGGCCCCUGCCUUGUGUCUCCAGAGGGCAUCCCCUCCCCAUGCAUGUCUCCAUAUUCCCACCCCCAUGGGAGUGUGGCUGGCUUCAUGGGGGUGCCAGCCCCCUCUGCGGCUCACUCUGGCAUCUACUCCAUCCAUGGCUUUCCCCCCACCCUGGGGGGCCACAGCUUUGAGCCCUCCUCAGAUGGUGACUAUAAGUCUCCAAGCCUCGUCUCGCUCAGGGUAAAGCCCAAGGAGCCACCCGGCCUGCUGAACUGGACCACGUGAUCAGUCGUAUGGACCUGCAGAAUGAGCUGCCCACCUCCUUUUCCAUUCCCAGCUGCUCCCAGCUCACCCCUGCCUGAACACCAGGGAGGAAGCACCUCUGCCUCCAAGCCCCAGAUGGUUCUGGGGGCCUGGGAGAGCAGCUGGCACUGUCAGCCCCCAGCAGGGAACAGGUUACAGGGUCUUUUCUCUUAGAAUAAGGUGGGGCUGCCUAGGAGAAGGGGCUUCAAAGCAGCCAGGACUCUUCCUACCACAAACUGAGUCCCCUCACCUGAACUCUGGGCUGGAGGCAGGGAGACACUGCCCUGCUUCCCCCAGACUUUGUCCAAGUCCAUUGUCAUCUCUCCAGCUAAGACAGCUUACUUGGCUCAUCGUUCAAGGAACCCAGGAAAAUGGGAGGAGGAGGACGCCGAGUGGACUGAAGCUCUUCAUGAUGAGACGGAAACCAAAAGGGAGUCUCCCAUGAUGGGGUGGAGUCAGCCCUGCUUCCCCUCCCCACCAGCAGGGGGCGCGCUGGCAUCUGACACUAAGGAGGGUGUAAAGGCCAAGGUCAGCAUAGACUAAGGAACACUGGCUUCUCAGCUCCAGCCACCCUCACUCCUGCCCUGUGCCUGCACUCCCAGCAUGCCAUGCUCAUCUUCCCCUCCAAGGGGGCAGAAAUUCCACCAGAAAUCACCACAUAUUUGGAAUCUCUUCCAUAGGACCAGCCCAGAGCUACGCCAUGGAAAUGAUAUUGGAUGUUGGUCAGAAUAAAACAGAUU